AUGAAGUCACUCGUCGCGCUGGCCACCGAGAAAUUGCUGCUGAAAACAUCGGGCGCUACUUUUCUGAAUGGAGUCGCCUUCAUGUACAGUGCGGGAUUGUCGCCGGAUAGAGUGUCAGUGAUGCGAUCCCAUGACGAGCACAAGUUCAUCCUAAUGUUUCACUCAAAAUGCGACAUCCGACCUUUUGCGGCAAACUACAAUUCAUUCGAGCGAGUUCUUCGAGGAUUGGUGCACAUCAGAGCGUGGCGGAUAAAAUCGAUCGAGUUCAUCGACAUCGACUUUCAAAUUGUUGACAUUCAAUUCUUGGAAAAGGCGAUAGAUAAAUUGGGUGUUGAACUGGUCGUUUUGAAAAACUGCAACUACACUGGAGUUGCGCGGGGUGAUCAAUCCAUUCGACUGCUUCAUGCACUUAACAGAAAGAAGCAAGCGGUCGUUUGCGAGUAUGGAGAUUGCCGGCUGAAGCAUCGCCUCACAGUCGAACCACCCAAGCCAACCCCACCCUCCGAUGUGCCUCAACUCGGGCAACAAAACUUCAUUGCAAAUGCGCCAGUCGCAAUCGAUCAACCACCGCGAAACCCGUCCAAUUCG